UAAAGUCAGAAUUGAAUUGAGCAACAACAAUUAGCGCAAUGGGACUUAAAAAAACUCUCAGUGUAAUUAGUACUCUCAAAAGCCGAUGUAACCAUCAAGAAAGAAAUGGUAGUAACACUCCGGGUGCUCGCACGUUGAAAUACGCUUUCUCUCUUUCACUUGCUCCAUAUCGUUCCAUUUUUCUGCAGUAUGAUUCAAGAAGAAAUACGUCAUUUUCAGAUGGCUGAUACCAAGGCAAAGGAGGUAAAGGCAGCUGCACCCACAGCUAAGCCUAAAAAAAAGUUGGCAAGCCCAGGAACUGCAGUUUGGGGAAUGGAGUCUACAGGUUCAGCAGAACUCGCAUGUUCCACAAAAAAGCUAUCUAUACGUUUCUUGACAAGAAGACACCCUAGAAGGUUGUCCCCGAGAAGCUCAGCACAGUCGUCAAGGCUAUCGAUGGUGAGAAAAAUGGAGACACCAGGGCUGUUUUGCUUGAAAAGAGGAAGGCAAAUUAUCAAUCACAGAUUUUAUCAUGUCUCACCCGCCUGAAAAAUUACUUCAAGGAUCACAAAGGACACCUUCAAGGCCUUUGAAAAUAAAUGCCUGCCAAUCAAAACAAAUCAAUCAAAUCUUCACUGUCACUACAUUCACAAAACUUGAUCUUAGCUACUUUAAAGUCCCUAAGCACAUGAAAGAUAGUUACUUUAAGAAGAAGCGUAAAAAGAUAGAUGCUGUGGAAACUUUGAUGAAGAACAAUGGACCAAUAAAAUAAGUCAUGUAAUCUUAUGUUUAAGUGAUAGUUAAAAAACUAUAACGACAGUAAUUAAAAAAAAAAAAGAAUCAGAUACAUUAAAUGUAAACGUUGGCAGCUUCACAGAAAUAAUUAUCCUCUAGUGUAUUAAUUUCGAAAAAAAAUAUUACUAGAUAAGCAACUUACUCCUAAAAAAUAAAAAAAAUGGUUCCUAGAAUUAAAGAAAUUGCCAUUGAUGAGAAUGCAGAAGAUGAAAAUUCUCUGGUGGGAUGCGAUGAUUAGUGACCGUAAUUUGAGUACUCUUAAACCUAUAGAUAAACAUUUAGGUUGUCAAACUCAAAGUGGAAGUUUUCCUUGGUUUUCCGCGAUGUAGUCUUGAGAUCUGGAAUGUCAGGCUGGGGACUGCUCCACUAACUCCCUGUGUGAAAAAGCAUAUCAGAAAGUAGUGACUCAAGUUAGUGAAUCAGGACCCUGUGGAGAGAGUGAGAGCCGAAAGGUGUGCCUUUGGCUACAAUAAUAGCCGAUGGGCCAUCUAGCGAUGGUUAAGCUGCGGUGCUACGGUGAGCGUUUCGACUUGCGACUUUUCAAGUUGCGAACACUACACCGGCAUCCUUUGGAGUUUGCAGUUCGCACAGUUCCAUUAGCACUUCCAGAUCUUCUAGUUCCAGUCAAUAGACAGCAGGCGGUACAGGCAGUCCUUUCAAUGAUAAAUAGUGUAGCUAAUCUAAGGGUAGAUGUGUCGCGUGCAUUCUUGAACUUCAAUCUCGAUGACGUUUUGUUGUAGAAUAAUUGACAACAGAAAGUUAAAGUAAGAGCUGAAGUGUUUUCACACUGUUAAAUCAUCCGGCUGCGGGGCAUUACAAACGCCAUUAUAAUAAUGUCAGUCACAAAGAUGAGUUUAAUACUUCUUGGUAUUAGCUUAAUAUUUCUUCAAGCCGAAUCAAGGUGUAGGCAUGUAAAAAAAAAAGGUUCCUUAAGAGCUGACUGUUUUAAUCAAGGAUUAAAACGUAUACCUGAAGAUCUGAUCAAAGACAUUGAGAUUUUGGAUGCGCGGCAUAAUACGAUACCGCAAUUAGUAAACGAUUCAAUAAAGUGGUACCCCUUUUUGAAAGAAAUUUACCUUCAAACUACUGGCUUGCUAAUAAUAGAUCAUACAACAUUUUCUUCCUCAACACAAUUAGAAAUUUUAGAUUUAUCCAACAAUCUUAUCAGGGACUUACCACAGAACAUUUUUUAUCUCCCUAAAUUACGGAAACUAUAUUUGGAUCAUAACGAAAUAACCGACACUAGUUUUAAGUCCUUAAAUGUAACUUCUCCUAUAGAAUAUUUAGACUUGAGCGUUAAUAAACUCACUCGCGUGCCACAACUGUCCUUAUUCCAUGUCGUUCUCUUAAAUUUAACUGGAAAUCCAAUAAAAACGAUAAAAGUCGAAGAGCUGGCCACGAUGUGCUCUUUGAAAGAGCUCAUCGUGAACGAAGAUAUUUUUAACGACAGUGGCUGUAGCUGUCACAUAAUCGAAAAACUGCUUUCGAAGUGGAACAUAAAAGUAACUGUGACUACUCCACUGAAUUGUCAAGGCCAGAAUGGAUGCACAAACGUUGAUAUGUUAUUUGACCACACGCUCGCCCUGCGAGAAAAAUGUGAGACAAAACUGCUAGCUCAAAAAAAAAUUCGGCAAAGAGAAGCCAAAAUGAUAUACUGGAGUAUUGCUGUUGGGCUUGCAGUUUUUAUGUUAGCCCUUGUUUUGUCUUUUUGGUUCCAAAACAGAAAAAGUGGAACAUACGAAACUAAAGAAGUUAUGCCAACAUCUGAUUACAUGGAAGAAUUAUCUGAUAUGUAAGAGCCAGCGUGUUAUUUUUACGUAUUUGUGAAAUAAAAAAUCAACAGAAGUUUUCUUGAAUAAGUUUAUGGUUAGAUUAAUAAGAUAUUACAUGUCAAGAUAGUUUUAUGUGAGGAAAAACUACGUAUCAAAAUACCUAGUGUGUAUGUAAAUAUUUCUUGACCGAAAAAUAGAGGUAAAAACUUUUUGUACAAGUCGCAUUUUAUAGUUUUUAAAUUUAAGUACAAAUACUUAUAAAUUAAAUUUUACGAAGUUGAACAAUACUUUGAUGCGACACGUUUAUUUUGACAAUGACAAAUAGUUUGUUUUACAAUUGUAUGAUUUUAAUUCAAGUACAUUGUUUUAAUAUUUUUUUUUUUUGUUUCUCC